AUGGGGAAGAUAGCAACGGAGCCUUUAUCUCGAGAGCCUUCCAAUUAUGAUGAGGUUUACAUGCAGCAGAGCUUGCUCUUUGAUGAUAGUCUAAAGGAUUUGAAAAAUCUGAGAACACAAUUAUACUCAGCAGCUGAAUAUUUUGAACUCUCAUACAACAAUGAUGACCAAAAACAGAUAGUGGUUGAAACAUUGAAGGAUUAUGCCAUUAAAGCUCUAAUUAAUACGGUCGACCACUUAGGUUCUGUGACUUAUAAGGUGAAUGACUUGUUAGAUGAGAAGAUUGUUGAAGCUUCUGAAGCAGAGCUACGCUUAUCAUGUAUUGAACAGAGAAUAAGGACGUGCCAAGCAUUCAUGGAUCAUGAAGGGCGUACUCAGCAGUCAUUGGUGAUUGGUACUCCAAAAUAUCAUAAGCGUUAUAUUUUGCCAGUUGGGGAGACCAUGAGAGGGACGAGCUUCACAAAAUCAAAAUAUAUGGGAUGCAGCCUAGAUGAUGAAGAUGACUGGCAUCACUUCAGAAAUGCUGUUCGAGCUACAAUUCGAGAAACGCCAACAUCUACAGUAAGUAAAGGGCGUUCCCCAUCACCCUCUGUACAACCUCAGAGACCUGGGGCUUUUUCAUUCACUUCAACCAUGCCAAAGAAAGAUUUAGAGAAACGGACAGUUUCACCAUACAGAUUUCCACUUUUACGUACUGGAUCUCUGUCAAGUAGGCCUACAACACCAAAGACUAGUAGGCCAACUACUCCAAACUCAAUGAGGAGACCAACCACACCAGGUCCUUCUGAUGAAAGAUUAAGGUACCCUUCAGAGCCGCGCAAAUCAGCUUCAAUGAGAUUACCUGUUGAGAGAGACAUCAAAGAUAUAGAACAACACCCCAGUAAAAGUAAACGUCUCCUGAAGGCAUUACUUAGCAAGCGCAAGUCUAAGAAGGAUGAAAUGCUAUACACUUACUUAGACGAAUAUUGAUCAUAGUUUGAUACAAACAG